GGUGCGGUGCAGUCUCUGUCAGUGUAGACCUCUGUUUCUCCCAUCGGAAAUUAUACUCUACAAACAACAAUAAUAAAAAAUACUAAUAAUAAGAGAAGCUAAAACAAUUUUGUUUUCAAAUUUCAAAACCCCAAAAAAUACCCUCCAAAACCCUCCGCUCUUCUUCUCUACUCUACAUUUACAGAUCCAAACAUGUCGUCUAACAAUCCGACCAAAAUCAUUCGGAGCCCUGAAAAACAGGAAUCCAGAUUCGAAGAAGAAGAGGAGGAGGUGGAGAAAUUGGAAAAGCUGGAGGCAGAAGUGAAGCAAAUGGCAAAGAAGAUUCUGGAAUACAGAACCACUUUACCGGAUCAACUCAAAACUACUGUCGCUUCGCUUCUUUCCUCGCAACGACCCGUUUUACCGCAUUUCGAUUCAGGGUCGGAUCCUGGACCCUCCGGUGAACUUAACCCAGAUUCAGGAGGACAGGACACAUCCAGUAGAGCAGCAUUACUAACAGAAGAGGACCGAAAGACUGCCGAGAAAACACAUUUGUUGAAAGAGAAAAUUUCCAGCAAUGUCUCUGCUAUGCCUGUAGUUCUAAAGAGGAUGGAAGAUUGUAUUUCUAAGAUUGACAAACUAUAUUCCUACAAUGGAAGCAUACAUCCGGCGUUUAAAAAGAAGCGGACUAGCUGAGUUCGCUGUAAUUUUAGCAUUUGGUGUUAGUUUCAAGGUGAAUGACUUGGGUUGCCUACGAUUGUCUUCGAUUUGUACAAUGGAUCCAUGAAUCCUGCUGUGGAAAGGAAGGGCUUAUACUAACCACCUUUGUCUUGCAAUCCUAGGAUUUAGGAGCAUCCUUUGUACUGUAAUUACCCAAAAGCAUCAAUUUUAACGUGUACUAUAGGUUUUGAUAGUUUCUUGCAAGACAUCUUGCAUUGACUUUGAUACAUUAAUUAUUUAAUUAUGAUGGGAGAAGCUGUUGUUUUGCCA